GUAAAUCCGUAGGUGCAACUGAGAAGGUCAACGUUGGUUAGCAGAGGAGAAGAGGGACUGACACAGAGGACUCAUACCAGGGCGCAGUGGUGUAGCGUCUUGGUGGUUGUGAUUGUAGCCUAUUUUUGGAUCCUUUAAUUCUGUAGUGUUUGCUAUUUCAAAAAUAAUGCAGCUAGAGAAUAUUCUUCCCAGCGCAUCAACCAUCAACUUACCCAAGACUUUUUAUAACCUCACAUCAUCAGAUAGUGCAAACAAUAGCCCGGGGCCAUCGCAGAUCGAAUAUCAAGUUGACCGGACGGAAUCCGAACCAAGUAACGGUCCCAAUAAAUAUUUGAGCGGAGUGGGGAACGCCAUGAUGGGUGAGGGAGAGGGCGACGCCUUCACUGGGACUAAAGCUGCCCCAGACGGAAGAAAAGGCUCACCGAUCCUCGGUGAGGAUGACCUGUCCACUGGCCGGCGGUACAACAUAGACGAACUUGGCUCUGAUAGAUACUUCAUCUCGUCCUCUCAGACGAGCUCCGAUGUGGCAAAUCAGUGUUCCCUCUUUCCAUACGCAGGACAAACUGGGACAGUGUACAGCGGGUCAAAUGGAUCCAGGUAUUCCUCCCUUCAUUACGGAUCGGUCCUGCCACCGACGGGGUUUUCAUCCUCCGUGUGCACUAGCCGGAGUCAGUUUGGCAGUAGUUACCAGUUCGGCCAGGGUCCAGGUUGCCUGUACCCCUCCUAUCCGGGAACGGGUUCAUGUAUUGGUUCCAUGGCUCUCCCGGGGUCCACACCGGGAGCGAGGGCUCAAGUUUAUCUCUGCAACCGGCCCCUGUGGCUGAAGUUUCACCGAUUCCAGACCGAGAUGAUCAUCACGAAACAGGGCAGGUGAGCAGAGGCGUUGAAAACAAAAUAGGCAAAUCUUCAUGACAAAUGUUCAAACUUAGACGUCAAACAGUAUCAAGGUUCUGGUCUAAUGCUUCUAAUAAUGUUAGGCACAACCGUGUUCAUGGAGCUCUCAACUAGCCUUGCACUUCACAGAUCAUGGUGGGUUUUUUAGGGACAAUUUUUUUACUGUGAGGUAUCAGUGGCUUAUUACCACCAUGUUCUGUACUUGGUGGGACACUACACUCUAAGAUUAAUGUUUGAUUAUGGUUAGCCUACUAAAUAUCAGCCCUUCUUUGAUGUUCCAACAGUCGUUUAUAUUUCGUUGUGUCAUAUUUGCAUAUAUUUUACAAAUGUUAUUUACUUGUAUAUUUAUAAAUAAUUAUUUCGGCUAUACAAACGUUUUAAACGUUUAAAUUUUAUUUUUAAGUGAGGAAAAGAAAGUGGCACGUAUUUAUUAGUGCAUGCCAUGAACUAACCUUACGAAUUUUCUUAAAUGCAAUGACUCCCUCUUAUAAUUUUCGUUUGAGUGCACCGUUGAAAUUGUAUUUGCAAUAAUUGUGGCAUCAAAUUUGUUCUUUUCUUUCAGGCGGAUGUUUCCAUUUCUCAGUUUCAACAUCACUGGACUGAAUUUGACGGCGCAUUAUAACGUGUUUGUUGAGGUCGUGUUGGCCGACCCAAAUCACUGGCGAUUUCAAGGAGGAAAGUGGGUUACUUGUGGGAAAGCAGACAACAACAUGCAAGGUGAGACUAAUAUUAAAUGCACCUUUAAUGUACUUAUUUAGAGGCAUUUUGAAACUAAAUAAGGCCUCUCUAGGCAUAUAGCCUGCGGAAGCAGCACCAUUUAAACUAAAGGGAAUUAAAUUACUUUUCGAUAACGCAUAGCCUAUGUCAAUCGGGAACGUUUCGUUAGAUAUUUCCCUGCAAUUUACACCCAAUUAACUGGCUAUUUAUGCUGUGUUCCUGGUUGUUUCAAAGCGCACAUCAUCACAUUACCUAUAAACGUUUUUUGUUGGUUGAUUAACUCCAUUCUAAAAGAAAAAGACAACCAUUCAAACAUUGUUAGCUGGUGGCAUUCAUAUCAAGAGCACAACCUUGCAACAUGAAUUCGUCCAUAAUGUGCUUGACCUGUUUUCAGUUUUCACGGCAAACAGAUAAAAUUAUAAUUCAUUAUCAGUAAUCUGUAAUCUUUUUCUUUUCGUUUCAUAUAAUGCAAAAUAGCCUGCCAAUGUUUUAAUAAUAUUUGAAUAGUAAACUUCAAUCCCCAUUUGCACUUUUCCCCCUCCAUUUUUUUACCUGUGCAAUUUAAUAAUAUUUAAAUAUUAGCCUAAUAGCUCCACAGUUUCACAUCUGAUUGCUUUUAACAUUGAAAUCUUGAGCACGUGAUUCAAUAAUAGUUUUUUUGGUAAAUUGACAAGUUGCUGGGCUUUUUGGAAAUGUAAGAGAAGAUCAAGUUCAAGAAAUGGGAACAUAUCAGUGUUAUUCUUUCAAUGUGUGUUUUACAUUUGUGCUGUAUUGUACUUUAUUUAUUUUCAUGUUUUAUGUCUCACUUAAUUUAUUAAAUCACAGGUAACAAGAUGUAUGUUCAUCCUGAAUCCCCAAACACUGGUGCUCACUGGAUGCGGCAAGAGAUCUCCUUCGGCAAACUGAAGCUGACCAACAACAAAGGGGCAAACAAUAACAACACACAGGUGAGGCCUACACCAUCAUUUUGCAUUGUAUUAAUUGGGUCUCAAAUGUCUUGGGCUACUUUUAAAAAGCUGUCUUUGGUAUUCUAGUAGGCAUAAGAGAUCACAAAUCAGUCCAAAACCAUCUAUUAUUUUUUUUUUAGCAUUCCAUGAGAACCCCAAGCACUAACUUUGAAUUCACACUUUUUUUCUUGUAGAUGAUUGUCUUGCAGUCACUGCACAAAUACCAGCCUCGGCUGCACAUGGUGGAGGUCACAGAAGAGGGAGUGGAGGACGUAGGCAGUGAGGCUAAAACACAGACUUUUACCUUCCCAGAGAACCAGUUCAUCGCAGUCACUGCCUACCAGAACACAGACGUAAGAUACCUACUACUAUCAAUCUACUUCAAUCUUAAGCAUUUAAAAUCCAUCUUAUUUACAUACGAAACAUCUUAUCUGCUUAAGUUUCUAUAUUAACUGUGUCUAUAAAAUGUGUUUUUGGAAAACACUGCUGACCAUGGCUUGAACAUGUAUCUUCUCUCCUUUCCAGAUCACACAGCUUAAAAUCGACCACAACCCCUUUGCUAAAGGCUUCAGAGACAAUUAUGACUCGUAAGUGAGAACGCCUUGCAUCAUUUUUUUACUGCUCUGCUACUUUUAUUCUCUGGAGUGUGAGCUUGUUUUUCUCUAGCAAAUUACUCAUCCUUGGACCUUUGUCUCUCUCUUCCACAGGAUGUACACAGCCCCAGAGGGUGACAGGCUGACCCCCUCCCCGACAGCCUCCCCUCGCUCUCACCAGAUUGUGCCGGGUGCCCGCUAUGCCAUGCAGCCCUUCUUCCAGGACCAGUUCGUCAACAACCUGCCCCAGAACCGCUUCUACCCCGGGGAGCGGGCUGUGCCCCAGACCAACAGUCUCCUCUCCCCCCAGGCCGAGGACGCCGGGGCCAGCGCGGCUCAGCGCUGGUUCGUCACCCCGGUACAGCAGUCAGGCUCCAACAAGCUGGACCUGUCCUACGACCAGGACUACUCAGCCAGCAGUCUGCUGUCCUAUGGCAUCAAGCCCCUGCCCCUCCAGACCUCCCACGCCCUCAGCUACUACCCCGACUCGGCCUUCGCUUCAAUGGCGGCCAGCUGGGGCACCAGAAGCACUUACCAGAGGAAGAUGACCACAGGCCUGCCCUGGUCCCCUCGGCCCAGCCCCCCAGCCUUCACAGACGACCAACUGGCUGCUAGCAAAGACAAGCUGCCCGAGGAGAGCACCGCAGCCUCCACCUGGAUCGAGACGUCCCACUCACUAAAAUCUGUGGAUUCUACCGAUUCGGGCGUAUACUCCAUGCUCUGCAAGAGACGCCGGAUGUCACCUGGUGGGUCGAGCACAGAGAACUCGCCCACCAUCAAGUGUGAGGACUUGACCACAACGGAAGAGUUCAACAAAGACAACCCCAAAGGCAUGGGUUACUAUGCCUUUCUACACAAGCCCCUAAAAAGACUUUAUUAAAAUCGUAUAAUUUUUGUUUUACCGUUUAAACACCCUUUAUUAACUUUUAUCUAAAGGUGCCAAAGCUUUGUGCUCCCAAGCAAGCUGCACAAGCCCCCCACCCCCAAUACCUGAACACACACAUGCAUUGUGACAAAUUGUUGUUUUUAAAGCAUGUCCCCAGUUAAUUUAAUUUUUUACAAAUGUGAUUUUAUUUAAAGUCAUUUCGUUGUACAGUAUUUGUGCACUUUAGUAUGUGAUGUAUCUUGUACAAAUUGUCUUCAUGGAGGUGUUAUGAAAUGGGUAAUAAAAA